AUGUCCAUGAGCCGAUUUGCCAUCUAUUACGACUUUGAAACAAUGCAAAUCUCCUGCCCAGAAGACAAUAAUCGACGUAGACACGUGCCUAUUGCUGUGGCAGCGAUCAGAAUAUGUAACUCCAAUAGAACGUAUAACUCGUCACUACAUCAUCGGGUCGGUCUAGAUUGCGUCGAACGCUUCCUCGAUUGGCUUGACACUCAACGACAAGAGAUUCAGAUCAUAAACGCUACUGAAAACCAGCCUUUGAAAAUGACUCGCGAAGACUGGUUUCGCUUUCAUCGACAAACAUCCUGUGAAAUGUGCGGACAGGCUUUUACCGAGCUAAACUCUCCAUACAAAGAUCAUUGUCAUCUUUCUGGAAAAUUCCGCUUCGCUUUGUGCAAACGUUGUAACUUGACUUAUGGUAGUGAGAAAACAACAGCAUCAGUACCGUGUUUCGCUCAUGGAGGCGUACGAUUUGAUCAGCACCUUCUAAUAAAGGCCAUAGCGCGACGGAAUAAAAAACGUGGGAAAUCACCUCCACGGAUUUUACCGCGAAACACUGAGCAUUAUUUAGCUGUGUUUGAUGGAGAAUUAGUCUUUCAAGACUCGUUUGAGUUCAUGAAAGCCUCCCUGACAUCGAUUGCAGACUCUAUGAAGAAUGAUAAAAGCACCAUGAGCAGUGAAAAGGAUCGCAAUUCAAUCGCGUUCCCCCUCUUAUGGGAGUAUGUUCAGAGAAACGAGGAACGAUAUCAGCUCAUGACUAGAAAAGGUGUUUUCUGCUAUGAUUUCCUGGAUGAGAUCGAGAAACUUAAACUCGACGCGCUUCCGCCAAGAGAUCAGUUUUACGAUUCGCUUCAUCAGAUCGACAUUACAAUGGCUGAUUAUGAACAUGCAAAACAUGUGUGGCGGGCAAUGUCAUGUGAGACACUGAAAGACUAUCUACUGGUGUAUCUGAUUACCGAUGUCUUAUUGCUGGCAAGUUGCUUCGAACAAUUUCGCAAUUUGUCAAUGCAAUAUUUCCAAAUGGACACCGGCAAGUUUCUAACUCUGCCUCACUUUGCAUACCAUGCCAUGUUGAAAUACACACAGGUGCAGUUGGAAAUAUUGACCGAUCUAGAGAUGGUGCACUGGAUAAAACGAGGAAUUAGAGGUGGGGUCGCUUCUGUCAUGCUACGACACGCAGAGGCAAAUCUUCCAGAAAUGGGCCCGAACUACAACCCAGAACUACCCCGACAAGAAAUCGUGCCGCUCGAUUGUACGAACUUGUACGGUCAUGCCUUAAGUAAACAGCUACCCGAAAAGAGUUAUCGAUGGUUGACCAGACAGGAAAUUAAGCAACUAAAGAUAAGCGAGGUUCCCGACGAUGCUAAGAUUGGCUAUAUCCUUAGCGUAGACUUGAGUUACCCGCCAGAGCUCCAUGAAUCGCACACAAUGUACCCUUUGGCUCCACACAAAACGGCCAUCCCUCCUGCUCAGUGGUCGGAUUACACCUACGAACUCGGACUCAAGCUGAACGAUCCGUCUUUUUUCAAAACCGGACCUGAAAAACUUGUACCGGAUCUGACUGAGAAACGAGACUACGUGGUGCAUUACCAGAAUUUGAAAUACUACCUCAAAUGCGGAAUGCGAUUGCUUCGCGUAAGACGUGUGUUGGCCUUUGAACAAAAGUGCUGGAUGCGAGAUUUUGUAAACUUCAUAACGCACAAACGUUCGUAA